GUUCCGCCAAUGACUGGCACCAUGGCUGACAUUAGUUUAUCUUUGCAACAAAUUCAACUCAGUUUACAAACUUUAGCCAACCAGCAACAAAAUUUAAAUCAAAGAUUAACUAAUUUAGAAAAUGGUGCGGUGCAACAAUUAACUAACUUAACCAACCAAUUUAACUCCUUAAGACUAACUCAUACCAAAGAACAAAAAAGAAUCGAGUAUGGCAAUCCUCAAAACCACCCUUCUUCUCAUUUAGAGGAAGAAAACCAAGAAUAUUAA